AUGCUGCUCCUCCGUUCAUCGCGUCGUCUUCUCGGUCGUCCAGCCUUUCGUUCUCACUUUCACUCCUCUCAAACAUUCUGGGCUACGCGUAAAGUCCUUCAGAAGUUCAAGCUCGCCGACAUUGGAGAGGGAAUCACAGAAUGCGAGGUCAUAAAGUGGAGUGUAAUACCAUCAGGAAACAUCAGUGCCUUUGAUCCUCUCUGCGAGGUACAGAGUGAUAAAGCUAGUGUUGAAAUAACUAGCCCUUUCGACGGAACGGUGAAGGAGAUCCUAGUUCAAGAGGGAGAGGUGGCGAAAGUCGGCGAAGAUCUUUGCAUCAUAGAAGUUGAUGAAGAAGUUCAGGAAACUACCGACUCUGCUGAUCAUGCGUCCUCGAGUGAUGGCGUGUCAUCACCAGCACAAAUACAGGGCGACGCUUUUCGACCUUCUGAGCUGCGCAGACCUCAUCCGCUUGAUCCGAACCACGCAGAGCAAGUGUUUGUGAAGAACACGAAGGAUGUUCUCGCUUUACCUGCGGUACGGCAUUUCGCACGUCUGAGUGGCGUCGACUUGUCUCUACUUGCUCCCGGGAGUGGAAAGAACGGGAGGAUCGAGAAGUCGGAUGUUGAGGGAUACCUUUCUCGUGGAAAGCAGGCAGCGGGCAUACAGACGAGAGCUCGUGGAGCGGUCUCUUUGGAGGAAGACGUCGUCGUCGAACUUGGGAGGACAAGAUAUGGCAUGUGGAAGGCUAUGACGAAGAGUCUAGAGAUUCCUCAUUUCGGCUAUUCAACUUAUCUAGAUUUGACGGCCUUGCACAACAUCCUGCCUAUCUUAAAUGCUCACAUACCAGAGCACUUUUUACCGGCUCCUUCUGUCCCUCCCCCAUUAGCCUCAGUUUCUCCUGCAUCGCUGUAUCCUCCGCCUUGUCCACCGCCUGUACCAGACACAGGAAGGUACACGAAAUUAACCUACCUGCCCAUCCUCCUGAAGACUCUUUCCAAGGCGAUGGUAGAAUGGCCGCUCUUGCGAUCCUCCAUCACACCAACAGCAUCUUCUAUUCCGCCCAAUACCAAGCCCACAAUCACCAUUCGCCCCCAUGCCGACAUUAGCAUCGCUCUUUCUACCCCCACAGGCCUAUACACACCCACGCUCCAGCGCGUCGACACGUACUCGAUAUACGCGCUCGCAUCGUCGCUCAAGCACCUCUCCCACCUCGGAAGACAGGUCCCGAGCGGCCUUACUCUCGCCGAGCUUCCCAAGCGCGGUGGGACGCUGACUGUAUCGAAUGUCGGUGCGAUCGGUGCGGGCGAGGUCGCCGCGCCCGUGCUUGUGCCAGGCGGCGGGGUAGCGAUUGUAGCUCUCGGGCGCGCGCGCUGGGAAUGGGACGUCAAUCGUGGAGACGGGAAGGGUGAGCGACGGCUCAAGGUUGGUGUUAGCUGGAGCGCGGAUCACCGUGUUGUAGAGGGCGCAGAGCUGGCGGCAUUUGUCGAACGCUGGAGAGCCUACGUUGAGCAACCUGAGCGGAUGAUAGCAGAGGGUGUGUGA